AUUGAUGACCCCCUGUUCUUUUACACACAUGCACUGGUUGGAUAUCUAAUGUAGUCAUCAUGGACUUAAAACCAAAAGUAACCUGUUAUGGCGAUAAAGAAGUUUAUACCAAACUUAACCCAGAACUUGAGAAGAGACUGCCCAGGGAAUACACAGAAUGGAGAAGAUCUUAUGGAAGACCCCCUAAGACCGUAAAGUUAAAAGCACACUUUGUACGAUUAUCAGAGGGGAUGCUUGUGGAUGUCAGCAGUAAGGAAACAUACACAACUGCGUCAAGUCUUCACAAACAACCAUUCUUUCAUAUUUACUGGACUGACUGCCAGGAUGCAGAUGAAUUCAAAAGUACAGUAAAAGAUAACAUCACAGAGUGGAUGAGAAAGUUACGUGAUAGGAACAUAGUCGACUGGAUGAUUAUUCAAGUCAUAUCACAGGACUCAUUGAAGGGAAAUAAGCCAAAAAUACAGCUUCCUCGCAGCACGGUAUUCGAUAAGAUCAAGAGUGACUUUGGUGGCAAAAAUAGUGAUAGGAUAAUUCAGUUAUGGGAACCCUUCAAAGAAAGUCAAAUAACUCGAUCUCUGGAAUCAUGGCAGAACUUGGUCACUAAACUGCGGCAGUGGUUGCUGGUGUCCUUUAAUCGUCACUUGGGAAAGUUUGAAGACCAGGUCAGGUCACUGAGGGAGAAAAGAACAGAACCACGAUGGAGUUUCACAACAUACUUCUUGUUGCACGAAGAAUUGUCAUUUGUGUUUGAGAUGCUUGGCUUGUUUGAAGAAGCUCUUAUUCAAUAUGAUGAAAUUGAUGCUCUACUCACACAACUGGUCAUUAAUUCUAAAUUUGGAGAGUCCCUUGACUGCAUCAAUGUCUUCAUGCAAGACUGUGUAGGCUGUGAUGGAGUUUCAUUAGCUAAGAGUUCUCAAGAUUUUUUGAGACAGCUAAUCAAGACUGAAGAAGCAAGCUAUGUUGAUCUGAGAAAUUACUUGUUCUCCCGGCAAUGCAAACUUCUUUUGAAGUUGGACCGCCGAGCUUGGGAAAUUGCUCAACGAACUCUGGAAUUUUUACAUAAUAUCAUUCAUGAGCUGGCAAUGGAUAAGCUUGAGAUGUCAAUGCUUACUGGUGGAACAUCAUGCUGUAUCAUCUUAACAAGCCUGGAAGUGUUGAAAGCCUGCAAGAAAGAAUGCUAUGAGGAAGAUAUGGUGUACAGUCUGCACUUUGCCCUUCUCUACCAGUAUGCUCGACAAAAGCUGGAUCACUUGGGAUCCCUGUGUGCCCUGAUGCCUGAUAUGACACAAACAGAAUCUGAACUACAGAUUGCCAACACUCUGAUAUCUGGGAUUGGAAAAACACAAGAUGAUGAGGAUCUUGAGCCCGGCAGUCCAUCAGAGAGACUUAAAGAAGCUCUCUCGUAUAGAGAUAAAUUUCAAUCACUGUAUUUGGAAUUGACAGACUCAGCAAUUAAAAUCUUCAAAAACAUUGGACGAGCCAGAGCUGCCAAGUUUCUUGGUGUGGACCUAGCUCAGUUUUACUUUUCUCGCGGAGAAUUUGAUCGUGCGGAGCCCCUACUGGUUGAUGCAUAUAAGAUGUACAAGCAUGAGAAGUGGAGUCUCUUAGCAUCACAGUGUCUGGUCAAACUGGCUCAGUGUCAAAAGCAACUCAAACACAUGGACAAAUAUGCUGCUUCUUGCUCAAUUUUGGCUUGUGAAGAACAUCUAUCUCCUGACAAGAGGUCAUAUUAUACUCAGGAGUUGUUGCAAGUCAUGCGAGAGACUAUGGACUCAGCUCAAGCUAUCAUUGUACGCGCUGAGCCACUGUUGAAAGUGAAAGAUGUGCAGAUUGAGCUGAUGAAGGGUAUCGGCAGUGUUGGGGAGUGUAUCAAUGUUAAACUCAAGCUGUUUAGCGCUUUGGAGGAGGAAGUGACGUGUGGACGGAUCAGUUUUAGUAUCCAGACAAAUGAACUUAAACGUGGAUCAAGCACUCGCUCAAGUAAACGAAACAGAGCAGCAUCCCCGCCGGUUAUUGUGGACAGCGGUCUCUCAUCGGCUGCUCUUUCUGAGGAAGACCUGUCAGAUAAACCUGUCGCAGAAGGCCAGGCGGCAGAGGGAGAGGAUGCUCCAAACGAUGACAGAGAGGAAAGAUCUCGCCCACUCCUCCUUAAACCACAGUCAUUACCAGUGGUGAAGAGCGUAGAAGAAUUGAACGUGUUAGAAGAAGAUGAUUCGGACUGCUGCCUGCAGUGCUUCAACGUCCCACUGAGACACGGCAUCAAUGAGUACAACCUCACUACACAGGUAGCGGAACCUGGGCAUUACUUUCUGAAGCAGCUUUGCGUUGAGAUUGGUCGGUUGGACUUUGUGUGGCCACAGCUGUCCUUAGCUAGAGAAUCCAGAGGAUUUGCGAUUGUUAACGAUCCUCCACGAAUAACCUGGACACAUGCAGAAGACCGCCAUCUCUUAUCAGGACUUCCGCAGCAAGUCACCCUUAGCAUUUUAGUCGAAUCUGGAUCCAUUGCAAACGGCUCAGUACUGGAAAUCACUUCACAGAACACAGGUCUCACUUUUGAACCCAUACAGUCAGGCGAGGCAGUUGUGCAUUCCUCAUUAGGCAACGAAAACAGUAAGACUUUACCCUACAAAGUUCAAACCCUUACAAUGCACGGCUAUGAUGACGUCACCGAUACGUCCGUUGCUAUGGUAACCCUUCCAGCCGUCGGACCGUAUGCUAAGAUUGAUUUCAAUCUGAUUCUCCAUGCGUCUUUGGAGAAGCAGAGUUUUCAAGAGGAAGUUACGGUAUAUAAGCUGAUGUUCAGUUGUAAAUGGUUAUCUCCUGUGGUUACCGCCGACCUAUCUUGUUCAUUUCACCGUCCAUUUUCCGUCCGUCACGUACUCCACUCAUCAGAAACCACCCGUUUUGUUCAGGUCAUUGUAAGUGGAAUCAACCCAGUAGACCUGAUAAUUUCGUCGCCGGAGUUGAUCAUCACAAACUGCUCUUCAGUGAAGCUGAUAUCAAUGCACAGUACUGCAGAAUACGUGAUCAUAAAUCACCAAGAUGUGUCCUUCCUUUGGAAAAUCGAGAGUGAAGAAGGUUCACCCUCGCAGUUGGAUUGCGAGUUUCGGACUUCGUUUUCACCCAAACAUGUUACGGUAAGAAUAUAUAACAUAAGACUUUGCUCUCGAUCUCCCUGGUUGUUUGAAGAAUUGAGUGAAACAUUUCGAUUGUAAAGUCAUAUUGCAUUAUUAUUGGAGUCAACACUUGUGAUCGUUUGACUUGUCUUGUGACUUUUUAUUUGGAAAAUCAUCAAUUUAAGUCAUACAUUUUACUGUUGCAGACUGAUAGCGCG